GGACGGGGUAUUAAUUCAAUCCCAGGUCUACGAGAUAGCUGCUGUUCCAAACCAUUUCAACCUUGCCGGUAGAGACCGAGCCCCAGUCUCAAGAAGCUGAAAAUCCACAUCUGACCAGCAAAAAAGAAAAAGUUUUAAAGAAAUAGGGGUAGUGCGGGUGAUUUUACCGAAGCAGCCUGCCAGGAAACGAAGGCGACCUUGGAGACUUUGAGGACUAGCAGACAGGAGCUAAAGACCUCCCCCGGACCCUCGGAAUAAGGUACAGGAUUGACACAGACUCAGCUCAAAGCCCGAGAGGUGAGGAAAUGUAAAUGACCUAAAUAACGGAGCGGGAAGCCCACAAGACGCACACUUCCUGCCCACCACUGCGGCUGCGCGCGCGCCGUUCCGGAAGCGGAAGUGCACAAAGGUCGGGAUUGGUUUUCAAGAUGGUGGGUCUCAAUGUUCUGGUGUCUGGCUGUGGACGGCUACUCCGAGGGCUCCUGGCAGGCCCGGCCGCGACCAGCUGGGCUCGGCCUCCAUCUCGCGGCUUCAGAGAAGGAACUCCAGUGUUCUCCGGGGAAAGCCUCGGGGCCUUUCUGGCCAUUGGUACUCCUUUGGGUGUCUGGAGUUGAAGUCGAGGAACUCUCAGUGGUGGAGAUCCUAGACGGGAAGACGACUAUAAUCGAAGGCCGAAUCACAGAGACUCCCCAGGAAAGUCCAAACCCCCCCAACCCCACUGGUCAGUGCCCCAUCUGCCGCUGGAACCUGAAGCACAAGUAUAACUACGAGGAUGUUCUGCUGCUCAGCCAGUUCAUCCGGCCACACGGGGGCAUGCUGCCCCGAAGAAUCACAGGCCUGUGCCAGGAGGAGCACCUCAAAAUUGAGGAGUGUGUGAAGAUGGCCCACCGGGCAGGUCUGCUCCCAAAUCACAGGCCGAAGCUUCCUGAAGGAUUUGUUCCAAAGAGCAAACCCCGACUCAACAGGUACCUGACCCGCUGGUCUCCCCGCUCUGUCAAGCCCAUCUACAACAAAGGCCACCGCUGGAACAAGGUGCGCAUGCCCGUGGGGUCCCCCCUCUUGAAGGACAACGUCUCCUACUCGGGCAGGCCCCUGCUGCUGUACCACUGACUGAGGCAGCUCCGCCCGCACUCCACCCCAGCCCGCCCUACGGCCCCCGGCUCCUCCAGCAUUGUCAACGCAAGGGACAGCAGGACCCCCUCCAGGGGCCAGGCAGGGCAGUCGGGUCCCCGGGCAGCUGCCAGGGGCUCAGGCCUGGCCUGGGUUCAGCGCUGACGGGUGGGAGCUUGGCCCAAAGGAAUCUUAUAAAACAAGGCUCUUACCCUCCCA